AUGGAUAUUUUUGCACUUGUAUUCAUUAUUGGCCUAGUUUCUUCCAACAUUGCCUGGUCAAAUGCUGAGGGAAAUCCGGACAGUUUCAAUGUCCUAGAUUAUGGAGCUGUAGGCGAUGGCAAUACCGAUGACUCUAAAGCAUUUUUGGUGGCAUGGAAAGCUGCAUGUAGUGCAGAAACAGGAACUCCUGAAGUGGUUAUCCCUGAAGAAACAACAUUUUUGGUGUAUCCGAUCAUUUUCACUGGUCCAUGCAUGACUGAUACAAUCAAUUUUACGAUUUCAGGGACAAUUAUCGCGCCAAACUCGCCUAGUGUGUGGGAAAAGCAUGAUGCGAGUCAAUGGUUAGCAUUUAGUGGCGUGACUGGCCUUAUCGUUGAUGGCAUGGGAAUGAUCGAUGGACAAGGCAAGGGUUGGUGGGAUCAAUCAUGUAAAUAUCAUCCGGACCUGGAGGGAUGCACAAAAUUGGCACCAACUUCCUUGAAGCUCCUUUCAUGCAAUGAGAGCAGUCUCAGCAACAUUCGGUUUACAAACAGCCCCCAAACCCAUGUACUAGUACGGGGCUGCAAUGGAUUGAAAGUUGACAAUGUACUGAUCCAAUCUCCCGGGAACAGUCCCAACACCGAUGGCGUUCACAUCCACGCCUCUCGCAAUUUGGUGAUCACCAACUCCAAAAUUGGCAGUGGGGAUGAUUGUAUUUCUAUCGGAGAUUACACUUCUAACAUUUACAUAGCCCAUGUUGAAUGUGGACCUGGUCAUGGUAUUAGUAUUGGAAGCUUAGGAAAGGGAGGUAAUUUUGUACAAGUAGAGAACAUUGAAGUGAGGAAUGCUUGCUUCAAGGGAACUACAAAUGGAGCUCGGAUCAAGACCUGGCAGGUUGGCAAGGGAUUUGUUCGUAAAGUCACAUUUGAGAAUCUUGAAUUUAACUCUGUGAAGAAUCCUUUGAUCAUCGAUCAAAAUUAUUGCAAUAUUCGGGGUGCAUGCAAAGAACAGAGUACUGGAGUUCAAAUCAGCAAUGUGAUCUACAAGGGCAUGGUUGGAACAUCCACUACAGAAAUAGCCAUAAAUCUCAACUGCAGCAGAUCUGUACCUUGCCAUGGAAUAUCAAUGGAGUCAAUACAACUAAAAUCAGACAGAGAUGGAAAGGAAGUCACUGCUACAUGUAUUCAUGCCCAUGGUCAAGAAACUGGAGUUGUGCCUGGUCCCUGUCUCCAUGACUGA